AUGUCGGCAACUCCACCAGAAGGCUCACUCAACGGCGAUGUGCAGACCGCUCCACAAGCUAAGAAACGAGCUUCUCAAGCCUGUCAUCAAUGUCGGUCUCGGAAGAUAAAAUGUGAUUUGGUCGAUACUGGUGCACCUUGUCACAAUUGUCAACUCGAUCAUAUCGAAUGCACAACAUCCUUAUCCAGGAGAACUAGAAAAUAUCGCCUUCAGAAAGCCCAGCUUCUCCGGAAUUCGGUCUCCAGCGCAAUCCUUCUUCCGAAGAAACAGGAACAAGGAGACGAGCCGUUGAUAUCUCCAUCAGCCGAACCCAAAACUUCGCCAGUUCAAUUUAGUCUACAUCCGUCAAAGAGUGUGCAAGUGGCAACACCUCCUCACCAACUGAUGGUUGGCAAGUCAUUCUGCCUUGAGAACCUUCCAGACUACAUUGGACGCCCUCUGCAUGAAAUCAAAUCAGCUGACCUUGAAUAUCUCAGUCAGUGUGGUGCACUAUCAGUCCCAUAUGACGAGCUGCGUGAUCAGCUGCUUCGUUCCGUCGCACUCUACGUCUGUCCAUUUCUUCCAGUGCUAGAUCUCCAAGAGCUUCUGGAUGGAGUUGACGGCAAGCAUGGCUGUAAGAUCAGCCUGAUUCUUUUUCAAGCCGUCAUGUUUGCAGGAACUGCAUUUGUCGACCUCCAGUAUUUGCUGGAUGCAGGCUUUGAGAACAGAAUUUCCGCCAGAGCUCAUUUUGCGCAAAAGAUCAAGUUGCUUUAUGAUGUUGGUUGGGAGACAGAUCGCGUUAUACUGAUCCAAUCGUUACUACAUUACGUGUACUGGUAUGUUUCCAGUAAUGAUCAGAAAGACCCUCCUUACUGGUUGGGCAUCUGUUUAAGCCUGGCAGCCGGUAUCGGGCUCAAUGUGGAGAGUACGUAUGAUAAUUUAGAUGUCAAAACUAGCCGACUCUGGAGAAGGAUAUGGUGGUCAUGCGUCUCGAGAGACCGAAUUUCUUGCAUCGCAACAAGGAAGCCGAUGCGGAUCAAAUGUGAAGAAACCAACCUACCAGUGUUAAAAUUUAAGGACUUCGAUACUCAACCAUUAACCACCACCAUUGCCUUGCUCGAAGAUUCCCCUAUUCUAAGUGGCUGCGUCAAUAAAGUCAUGCUGGCAGAUAUGUUCAUGUCCAAGCUGAGUCUUCUGAUGAUCGCCGGUGAGAUCAUUACCUAUACACAUCAGAUCCAGAGAUUCGACAGUUCGACAACAGAAUGGGCAAUGUUUUAUGUUCCAAAGCCCAAGCAUGACUUGGACCCAACCCGCCUCGAUGAACUUCAAAACAAGCUUGAACGUUGGUCUCAUAAUUUGAACAACUACUGCCAGUUGAACUACCAAGAUGACGACGACGAAGGUGAAAGCUCAUGGCAGGCUUCCGACAGCUCAAGCGCCGUCUUACUUGUGCAUCGUGCAGCACUCAAACUACUGUACCUGAUGGCACAGGAGGCUUUGCUCCGUCCUUUAACAUUCCCACAAGGGCUGGAACAACGCUUCACUUCGGUAUGCACAAAAUCCGAAGACAAUUCUACUAUUAGGGCAAGAACCCGUGUUAGCCGAGUUGCUACAGAGAUGGGGGGAAUUUUCCGCGAAUUUCGACAGAAGAAUUUGCUCGGGUAUCUCCCUCCGCUAUCUGUGGGCUGCGUUCUAACCGCCGUGGCAUCUUUCCUGGUCGAUAUCAGAAUGGAACUGAAGUCGCCUGUAGAUGUUCCAGGCCAUCAAUAUCAUGACUGCGUUCAGUCUCUUAUGAAACUUCGUGAUGUGUGGCCUAUCGCGGAAGGAACAUGGGCCAUGGUGAACCAGAUGACGACAAACAAUCAGAUAUGGUACGCUAGGUGCCUCAAGAUGCUCUGCAAGCCAUUAUCCACAGUAUCAAAACAGACCCCAGUGUCGGAAAAGUCGACGGUUCGCAGCCCUGACUCGACGAACCAAGAGAGUCAGAAGGGGAAUCAACUCCAGCACACAGGCGAUGUCGACAGACAGGGUAGCUCACAGUUACAAUCAACACUUGAGCAUAGGACUACAAGCAUCAACAGUUAUAAUCCGCAUAUGUCCAAUUACCUGGCAUCCAUGUAUCCAUUCCCAUGGAGUGCGGCUGACUUUGAUGUUUUCGACCCCAGCACAUAUCAAGAGCUAUUCACAGAUCAUGCCUUGGACAACUUUGAACUUAGUGGGACGUUUGAGACACCCAUGCAAGAGUACCCCGUGCCUGUAGGGCAGCAAGUCGAAGAGCAAACACAGGGACAGCCAACAACAACACCGCCGCAUCUUUGGAGGUAA